GGGAUGAGCUCUGCCACUCUGACCGAGGCAGGCUGAACAGGUCGGGGCUCUCGCCUACUUCCCCCUCUUUUCUUCGCUUCCCUCAUAUAUCUCGUUGGCACCCUUGUCGUGUCUUUUUCUUUCAGAAAAUUAGUUUAUCCCCUCCAUACGUCGCCAUGUACCGGUAUUUUGGAGAGCUUCUCAGCCGCGGAGCUGGCAGUGCCCUGGCCUCGGGAUGCGUCGAGUCUGCUCUACCGGCUUCCUCGUCUUUGGCGCGGAUACGCCACUACAGCGAUGCCACAGAGAAAGAAGACGACCCCAACUUCUUCAGGAUGGUGGAGGGCUUCUUCGACCGCGGCGCUGCCAUAGUAGAAAACAAGCUGGUGGAGGACCUGAAGACGAGGGAAUCAUCCGAGCAGAAGAGGCACCGAGUGAGGGGGAUCCUCCGGAUCAUCAAGCCGUGCAACCACGUCCUCAGCGUGUCUUUCCCCAUCAAGCGAGACAACGGAGAAUGGGAGGUUAUCGAGGGCUACAGAGCACAGCACAGCCAGCACAGAACUCCCUGCAAGGGGGGUAUCAGGUACAGCAUGGAUGUGUCUGUGGACGAGGUCAAAGCCUUGGCCUCACUAAUGACUUACAAGUGUGCUGUUGUGGAUGUGCCAUUUGGAGGUGCUAAAGCUGGAGUCAAAAUCAACCCCAGAAAUUACUCUGACAAUGAGUUGGAGAAAAUCACUAGAAGAUUCACAAUUGAGCUUGCCAAAAAGGGAUUCAUUGGACCUGGCAUUGAUGUGCCUGCCCCUGACAUGAGCACUGGUGAGAGGGAGAUGUCCUGGAUCGCUGACACUUACGCUAACACUAUUGCCCACACCGACAUCAACGCUCAUGCUUGUGUGACGGGAAAGCCCAUCAGCCAGGGUGGCAUCCACGGCAGAAUCUCAGCCACCGGCCGAGGAGUCUUCCAUGGCAUUGAGAACUUCAUUAAUGAGGCGUCUUACAUGAGCAAGCUGGGCUUGACACCCGGCUUUGCAGAUAAGACCUUCAUCAUUCAGGGUUUCGGAAAUGUUGGCUUGCAUUCCAUGCGUUACCUGCAUCGUUAUGGAGCUAAGUGUGUAGGGAUCGCUGAGAUUGAUGGAAGCAUCUGGAACCCCAAUGGCAUUGAUCCCAAGGAACUGGAGGACUACAAACUGCAACAUGGCACCAUUGUAGGCUUCCCAAAUGCUCAGCCCUAUGAAGGUAACAUUAUGGAGGCUGAAUGUGACAUCCUCAUCCCUGCUGCAGGAGAGAAGCAACUGACCAGGAAGAAUGCUCACAACAUCAAAGCCAAGAUCAUUGCUGAGGGUGCCAAUGGGCCCACCACACCUGAUGCUGACAAGAUCUUCCUGGAGAGGAACAUCAUGGUCAUCCCGGAUAUGUACCUGAAUGCUGGUGGUGUGACUGUCUCCUACUUUGAGUGGCUGAAAAACCUGAACCACGUUAGUUAUGGCCGUCUGACCUUUAAGUAUGAGAGAGAUUCAAACUAUCAUCUGCUAAUGUCUGUGCAGGAGAGUCUUGAGAGGAAGUUUGGAAAGCAAGGAGGCCCCAUCCCAGUGGUCCCUACUGCUGAAUUCCAGGCCAGAGUAGCUGGUGCAUCUGAGAAGGACAUUGUGCACUCUGGUCUUGCCUACACCAUGGAGAGAUCUGCAAGGCAAAUUAUGCGCACGGCCAACAAGUACAACCUGGGCUUGGACCUGAGGACAGCUGCAUAUGUUAAUGCCAUCGAGAAGGUGUUCAAGGUGUACAAUGAGGCUGGCCUGACCUUCACAUAAAUUCCCUGCCCUUUCUUUUCUUUUACCUCUGCCAAACCGUCCGUCCUCUCUGUAUUAGCCCUACACCCAGUCUCUGCCCCACAGUGCUACAGCCUUUCAACAUACCGAGAGUUUACGAGUUGAAUCCCUAAUUGUCUCCUUGCUACGUUAUUAUUAUUAUUAUUAUUAUUAUUAUUAUUAUUAUUAUUAUUAUUAUUCCCUCCACAGUCAUUCACACCCCUAAAACAUGAUAUUGCAGAUUUGUUUAGAAAAUCUUUGUGCUGUUUGUUCUGUUCUGAGGCUGUAGUUUCUGUUUUCUGCAGUAGAAUGUAGCCUUCAGUCUGGAAACUGGCCGCAUUGUUUCUGCAAUACUUCAUAUUGCUAUGAUGUUAUUCUAUCCAGUCUAUCACACAAUUGUGGUAUUUUUUUUUUUUAUAUUGAUCCACCGAGGUCCUAUCUAAGUGCAGUAAUAGAUCGCGAGUAUUGUCUGUUGUCCACGGUAUUUUCCUUUCACUGUGAUUUUGAAUGGCUGUAUGUCAAACCAACUUUGAAUCAGAGCAAGGUGUGCAGUAUUUUUGUUCUUUGUCAGCCUUCAACAAUAGAUUUAAGUUCAUUUAUUCUCUGACUGUGUGUGUCUCAAACCUUGUGAACGCUAAUUGCCAUAGUAUUGAAAGACAGCACUAAAGAUGCCUUAGACCUGAGAGCAGGAGUUUUCUAUUCAGAGGAGUUAGUUCUUUUUACCCUGAAGAUCAAACUGUUCCAUCCAUGUACAAAGUCCAUCCAAUAUACAGUAUUUUGCCUUGGAGACAUGCAAAAUCUGUUUUUUUUUUUUUUUUUUUUUUUUUUUUUUUUUUAAUCUUUAACUCCCAUAUAUGCCCAUAUCUUGUAAGCAUUGAUUCCACUGGUUUUUGACCCAGUUCUGUCUGAACUAAAAUGUCAAAGCCAGUACACUGAGCAAGUCUCUAGUCAGGUGUGUGCAGAUGACGGCAGCUCAUGUGGGAACAAAACCAUUCACGAAGCUUAUCUACAACUUCAUUGGGAAAUUUGUUUUGGGAAUUUGUAUUGCCUUUUUUUGUUGAGAAUAAAAUGACUAAUUGUUUGUUUGCUUGA